GGAUCAAAACCCUCGCCAUUGUUGGGGACCUCAACACACUGUAGGAGCAUGAAGCUCCUCCGCCCCCGCAAUGGAGGUCCUCUCCUUCUCAGGCUCCUCCGAUCCAUGGCUACGACUAGGGUUUCUCUCUCGACGGCGACGGAGGUGUCGUCACGGGCCCCGCCCCUGCAUGACUCCCUCUACAACCGGGUGGUCAUGGUCGCGAACCCUAGGCUCCCCAUCGUCCCCGUACUCGAGAGGUGGGUCGAAGAGGGAAACGCCGUGGGUAAGGGGGAUCUCCAAUCCAUUGUCAAGAAGAUGAAGACGAUGAGGCGAUACUCUCACGCCCUCGAGAUAUCUAUGUGGAUGAGUGAUCGGAGGUAUUUUCCCAUAUCACCUGGUGACGCUGCAUACCGGCUCGAGUUGAUCAGUAAAGUUCAUGGCCUUCAGAAUGCUGAGACUUAUUUUAAUAACUUGCCCCAACAACUAAAAGUCUAUCAGCCCUACGGUGCUCUCCUCAGCUGCUACGCAGAAGAGAAAGCUGUCGAGAAAGCAGAAGCCCUCUUUGAGAGGAUGAAGGAAUUGAAUAUGGUCACAUCAUAUGCUUAUAGUGCACUAAUGAAGCUCUAUUGCAACAUGGGACAGCCUGACAAAGUUCAUUCCAUAUUCCAGUCUAUGGAGGAGAAGGGUGUUAUUCCUGACGUAUUCAGUUACGACAUUCUAAUCGAAGCAUAUGCUAGUGCUGCUGAUAUUCAAGGAAUAGAAAACAUGUUUGAAAGGAUUAAAAACCAGAAGAAUUUAGUUAACUGGCACAUUUAUGCAGUUGCUGCGACAGGUUUCAUAAACGCUGGGUUACCAGACAAAGCUUUGGUAGCGCUCAGGGAAUCAGAGAAGCUAAUACCUAAAAAUAAGGGUCAAGUUGCAUUUGGAUACUUGCUCUCCGUAUGUGCUGAUAUUGGAAAUAAAAACGAAUUAUACCGCAUUUGGAAUACCUAUAAAUUACGUGAGAGGGCGUCCAAUUCUAUGUAUAUGUGCAUGAUCAGUCUGUUACUUAAGAAGAUGGACGAUAUAGAAGCUGCGGAGACAAUCUUAAAGGAGUGGGAAUCAAAAUUCAGCUUCUAUGAUUUCCGGGUCCCGAAUUUGCUGAUUGGAGCUUAUUGCGCAAAAGGGCUUUUGGGAAAAGCAGAAGCUCUGGUGAGUGAAGCCGUCGAGAAUGGUAAAACGCCUUUUGCCAAUACGUGGGACCGAAUGGCAAGUGGGUACUUUAAGGAUGGGCAGAUCUCCAAGGGAGUAGAGAUGACAAAGAGAGCACUCGUGGCGGGCCAAAUUGGAUGGAAGCCGAAUCCUAGGAAUGCGAUUGAAAGCUUGAAUCACUUCUUGGAACAGCAGGAUGUUGAAGCAGCAGAGGAGCUCGUGAGGUUGUUGAAGCGCUUAGUACCCUUAACGACAGAUGUUUACAAUUAUUUGUUGAGGAUUUAUUUAAGUGCCGGUAAACCGCUCUCCGACCUGCUUGAGAGAAUGAGGAAUGAUGGGAUUGAGGAGGAUGAAGAAACAGCUAGAAUUCUCGAGGGGAAAAGUUCGACAGAUGUUGAGUUAGAAGAGAACAAAAGUUGAGUACACCCCAAAAUCUUAUUUUCUGCAGUAAAGCUCCGAAAACCUUGGCAUUUCGUUCGAUCCAGUAUUGCAACAAUACGAGGCCCGUCGUAGCUGGAAAUUCGGGGGUUUUCAAUGGAAAAGCAGUUAAAGAGAAAAAUCUGUCAGAUGCUCUUUGUAUUCAAAACUAUCUCAGGUUGUCUAACUCAAUUAAUGAUGCUUAUACAUGUUAAACUACUAAAUGAUGGGUUGUGGCUGAACUUGCGUGGAUUAAAUUAUCCCAGAGUAAUAUGUAACUUUAAUUGUUUCUGUUGAACCUUGUCCUGGAAUGGAAAUGAGAAUUGGAGAAAAAUUACUGGAAA